UAAUUGGUGAACCGAAGGCCAAAGCGCACCGAGCCAAAUGGAAAAAUCCCCUGAAUUUAUCUCUCUAAAAUCUCCGAUUUCGCUCAAUCGGAAUCAUCCGCUUCCAAUCAUUCACAGUUCAAUUUCCGAUCGUUCAAGUGAUAAGAUGGCCGAAGUAAACAACAUUCACAGUCAGGAAGAAGAAGAAGGAAGAGAGGUGAAAGAAGCGGAGGCGGAAGAUGAUGAUCAGACGGAGAGCAGCGAUUGUACGUCUGAGGACGAAGGAACUGCAGAAUACCGCCGGGGAGGAUACCACGCCGUACGAAUUGGCGACUCUUUCAAGUCCGGUCAAUAUAUCGUCCAGAGCAAGCUCGGAUGGGGUCAUUUCUCCACUGUCUGGUUAGCUUGGGAUACUGUUAAAUCCAGAUAUGUUGCUCUGAAAGUGCAAAAGAGUGCUCAGCAUUACACUGAGGCAGCACUUGAUGAGAUUACUAUAUUACAGCAGAUUGCUGAUGGAGAUCCUGAUGAUGAUAAAUGUGUAGUAAAGCUUUUAGAUCAUUUUAGGCAUUCAGGUCCAAAUGGGCAACAUGUCUGUAUGGUUUUCGAGUAUUUGGGGGAUAACCUUUUGACAUUGAUCAAGUAUUCUGAUUAUCGCGGUUUACCCAUUCAUCGGGUGAAGGAAUUAUGUUACUAUAUGUUAGUUGGUUUGGAUUAUUUACAUAGACAGCUUUCAAUUAUACAUACUGAUCUUAAGCCAGAGAACAUUCUGUUAUUAUCUACCAUUGACCCAUCGAAGGAUCCUCGAAAAUCAGGUGCUUCCUUAAUCCUUCCUGAUAGAAAGGAUAAUAGUAAUGGAAAUUUAACCAAGAAUCCAAAGAGAAUGAUCAAAAGAAAAGGCAAGCUAGCUGGGAAGGAAGUUUCUGUAGAAACUAAUACAGAAUCUGUAGCAAAGCCGAAAGAAGAAGAAAUACAUGGACGUAGAAAAGGAAGCCGAUCCACAAAGCAGAAACUUUUGGAAACAGUUGAGUUGAAUUGUAAAUUAGUUGAUUUUGGGAAUGCUUGUUGGACUUACAAACAGUUUACAACUGAUAUUCAAACGAGACAAUAUAGGUGUCCUGAAGUUGUUCUUGGAUCUAAGUAUUCUACUUCGGCGGAUCUUUGGUCUUUUGCUUGCAUUUGUUUCGAACUUGUCACUGGCGAUGUUCUUUUUGAUCCUCACAGCAGCGAGAACUACGAUAGAGAUGAGGAUCACUUGGCAUUGAUGAUGGAGCUUCUCGGUAUGAUGCCAAGAAAGAUUGCCUUGGGUGGAAGUUACUCGAGAGACUUGUUCAACCGACACGGCGAUCUGAGACACAUUCGUCGGUUACGCUUCUGGCCUAUGAAUAAAGUUUUAAUGGAGAAAUAUGAAUUAAACGAACAAGAUGCAUCAGCCAUGGCCGAUUUCCUGGUCCCCAUUCUUGAUUUCGUGCCUGAGAAACGGCCAACAGCAGCCCAAUGCCUGCUUCAUCCAUGGUUGAAUGCUGGCCCUAGACUCUUACAGCCCUCAUUAACUACGGAUACAAAACCUCUUGCCACAAAUAGCGACAGUAAUUGCGAAAAAGAAGAAAGGGAAGCAACAGAGAUCGAGGUUGCAAUGAAAAACAUUGCCAUAGUCUCAAACUCUGAAAAGAUGACAAAAGAUUAUCCGAUUUGAGAAAUAACCCGGCCUUUAUGUAUGUGGUGUGCGCGUGUGUUGUGUUCUUUCAUAUGAAACAAAUAUCUCCUCCUCUGUUUCUGUUGUCGUAGCCUUUCUGCUAUUCUUUUCAAAUUUAUAUAGUCGAUUAUGAAUUAUAGUCGAACCCACUUGUCCAUACACCUUAUUAAAGAAGUAUUUAAUCUUGAUUGUGA